UCUCAACCGCAAAAGAAAGAAAUCUUUGAGUUGCUGCUCUUUUUCAAAACACUCCCACCCCUUCCAGUAGUUAACAGACAGAGGCACAGACUUUUCCCCAGCCAACCUCACACACUUCCCUGUUGGAGCAAGAGCAAUGGAGUUGGAGAAGCACUGACUGUUUGUGCUCUACCUCUCAGCCUUUGAAUGGCAACUUGAGGAUUUGAGCUUGUAAAAAUUUGGACCACACGGGACGCUUUACCUUGUCUUAGAAGCUGAAGGAUUUGGUCAGAAAAGAAGCUCAUUACAGGCUGAGGCAGUCUGCUGGCCUGCUGAUAUCAUCUGUCUACCACAGUGCAACCAUCAAUCAACAAGCAUGAGCAACAAAUUGCCCUGGUGGCAGGACGGGCGAGUGGCGCAUGGUGGAAGUUCAAAGGCCAACAUGAGGCAGCACUGGACUUUGGGUACAUUACUAUUCAUAGCCUCACUGAUGUCAGCCCACUGUCAGAGCGGUGAGGAAGGGGACUGGGGAUCAGGCAGCAUGCCAGAGGUCAUGUUCACCAAUGCGUCCAUUCCUAUUCCACAUGCAAUCAGGGAUGAUCCGGUCAGGCCUGACUGGACCAAGCCGCUUUUUCAGGCCAUUCCAGAGAUCGAAGUAGAUGGCUGCUCUGUCAACUUCCACACCAGCCAGGCUAUGUCCAGGCGAUUACGGGCGUACAGGGACGAAGUGGCUUAUCUGAAGGCUCUGCAGCAUGGGAACCAGGCAGUGGUGGAGAAUCUGGUCCAGUUUGUCGGAGCAGAGUUGGGGACCCAGCGCUAUCAGGAGAUUAUCCAAGAGAACAUUGCUGGAAUAAAGGAGGAUCAUGUUAGCUGUGAGGGAGUGGUGGAGAAAGCAGCAGAUGAGUUGGAGAACCAGCUGGAGGGAGACAUCUUACAAGCUCUGGCUGGAAUUCAGAAAAUCAAAGAAGAGUCUCUUGCCUUUGAACGGAUGCUGCGAGCCACGGCAGACAUCGCCAGCCGGCUGGAGAUUUCCUCACGGACCCUGCACACGGAGCUAACGGAGCAGCUCAGAAGGAGCAUGAGUGCUCCCAACUGAAAGCAUAUAACGGGAGGACUGCCAUUUCAGAGGAUAAAAAUCAGUCAUCACUGUUAUUUUAAAGUCCCCACACAUUCUUAAAAAUAAAGAUACCAGGGCUGGUUCCUUGAAGAACCUUUCAUGGAACCUAUCAGAUGUGUGAGUGUGUAGAAUGUUUUUUUAAAGUUAAAAGAACCUCCAAAGUAAAAGUUCUAUUCCAAUUAAAAGUUUUUACAACUGUAUAUUCAAAUCAGGAACAUCUUAGAACUUUUAUUUUGAAGAGUGUACUUGUUCAGACACAAAGGGCAUGAAGAGGCAAUUUAAUUUAAGUACUGUGCAAUAUUGAGAAUACUGUGCAUAUUUUUACACUAUGUUAAAAGCACUAGUUUUUGUCCAAGUAUUGCAUUUGUGAAUUCUCGUGCAUUUUUGUUUGAAAACUCUUGUCAGAAGAGUAACACUUAGCACAUUUUCUCUCCAAUUUCAGACAGAUAGCUCAAUGUUCUGGUCUGGCUGUCUUGGUGCUAGGGUGCAGAUGGAGAGCAGACAGCUAGGGCCCCUCACUCAGCACAGACACAUACAUUUUAUGAGAGGGAAAAGGGAAAUGGCCUUGAUGUCAUAGAAAAAUAAACGGAGCCUCGCCUGGAGGCCAAAACUGAAAGGAGGCCCAUCAUUAGCAAAUGAGCAUUGUUUAAUUCUUUUUUUAUUAACCAUAACAGAGUUAUAAACGAACAAUGUGUAAUUUAUGAGUUAUGCUGGGCAGCUGGGAAUGAGCCUUUUGUGGUAUGUGCAUGUCUUAAUAAGCGGAUGUCUUGCAGGGCAAUCUCACUUGCUUUUGGAUGGGAUUUAGCUCAUGAAGAAUAUGAAUAAAGUACUAAUUUAAUCAGUUCCGUUUCUACAGACUUUUUCAAAUGAACUAAUUAUGAAUACUCCCGAUGAAUGCACAAUAAUUACGAAGUUAAAAAUAGUUUUAAAUGUGCUUGUUUUUACCAUGACUUUGCACAUUAUUGCAUUGAGAUCAGGCAUAAAGCACAGUGUAUGAUGAAGAUGAUGUAACCCAGAACUCUCUGACUGUAGCCUCUUAUCACAUACAGUGUCACAAUAGUUCAGGGGAAAGGGAAAGUUCUAAAAUUUCAAGCUGAAACAUUCAAUAAUAUUUUUGGUAUAUUUUUGCAAAUAUUAGUUCAGUUGGCCUGCCCCCUGGCGGUGGUAUCUGGCAAUAGCAGGCCAAGAGAAAGGCCAUGUAUAUAAAUUUUAUUUUAUGAGGUUCGUAAUUUAUCCCUCCUCCCCGACCAACAAUAAAUAAAUAAAUAAAGAAGGAAUGAAAAACAUAGAUACUACUACUAAAAUUUAAUAAUAAUAAUAAUAAUAAUAAUAAUAAUAAUAAUAAUAAUAAUGUGAAACAACAACACAUUUUUGAGAUUUAUUUUUAUUACUUUA